CGUGAUCAAGUUCGAUGGAGAAAACGCGACCGUCUCCCUGUUACUCCUCGGGAGGGUAAUCCGGGCCAACCGUCGUUCGAUAAACAAUAAGGGGAACGAGAGAGCGAGAGAGAGAGAGAGAGAGAGAGAGAGAGGAAAGCUAGAGCGCGAGAGAGACGCGCCAACCCGUCCGAUUUCGAUACGAUACGAGUACGAUACGCGCUCGCAAAUAUGGUCGCCCGUGCGACCUCAUCUGUCAAGUGACUAGGACGAUUCUCGCGCCGUGCGUUCUCGCUAUGUGCCAUUAGCGAGAGGAGCGAGGGAGAGAGAGCGAGAGAGAGAGAGAGAGAGAGAGAGUCAGAGCGACACCGAACUGUCUCGGGGUCGCCGGGCCGCCAAAUUUCAGGUAAUCAGCAGACGCAUCGUUUACAUACACUGGCUAUGAAAAUGAAGAUCCCAAACGGCGGGUCUGGAAAUGGGACUUAUUACGGACAAGAAACAGGCAUCACUUCCUAUGUGGACAACAACAGCGACACGGAGGCUGAGGUGCAAGCGAUAGGCGAUGGAGACUUCUCCGAGUACCUCUGGAUGGAAAAUGAAGAGGAGUUUGACAAGCAGGUGCUCCAACAACUGGAAGAGGAAGAAUUGAUGGAGGAGUGCUUAGAAGCGAUGCUGGAAGAAGAGAGGCAACAUCAAAGAAAUAUGAGUUCUACUGCUUGGUCUACGGCUACUGGCACUCCCGACAAUAAUGCUGCUGAACUUUGUCAACAACUAAGCAGUCUGAGAAUGCAAGACGAUCUCGCCAAGCAGAGCACGCUAAAUCCAGAUGCAGCUGAAUUUAUUCCAGCGUGCAAAUCGACUGUGGUACCACCUGUAAGUACAUCAUCAGAAACCACAGUCACUACAGAACCAUCGUAGAAAUCUUCUGUGUCUUUUCUCUCUUGUCCGUUCUCUAUUUAAGUCACGUAUAAAAUCGGGCUACACGUAAUGAUUAGAAUAUACUAUUUCCAAUCCGACAGUCGUAUUAAACGGAUCAUCGUGUUAGAUGUUCAAUGACUGUGACUGUAGGUACAAAGAUAAAGAGAGAGAUAAAGGGCGCGAGUUGUGCAUGUAAUUAUGCGCGCCAUCCGAAGCAUCAGUUACACAAUUAGAUGGAACGAUAACGCGGUAUCCCGAUACUUUUAUAGACAAGAAACACGUUCACAUGUAUCGUGUGGGACAAUUAUGUAUGUAUAUUUUUUUGCCAAAAUACUAAAGAACGAUCGCUUUUACAAAUCACUCGUUAAAACAAAUUUGCAAUUUGCAUCUCUUGUUCGAUACCAUCUAUAUCGAGAAUCGUUUCUCGCAGAGGCAAAUGUUUUUAGCAUUUUCAAUCUUUGUAUAAUUUGUAUAAAUUGAAAUCAUUGUACGUCUACGGAAAUAACAUACUGUUCAAGUUAAGCUGAAUAGAGGAAACACAAUGCACUGCAUGGUUUAAGGAGAGGACUUUCAUAAGUUUAUGAAAUAUGUAUAUGAG